AUGUCCACUCGGCAACUACGAAAACUACAACAGCAGCGCGAGCUUGAGCAAGCCCAGCUGCAAGCCGCACAAGAAGAGGAGUCCGAAGACGAGCCAGUCCUGCCCACGAAAUCGAAACCCAGUCUAUUUGCGAAUUUAGCUGCACUCGAAGAUGCUGAGGACGAUGAAGACGAGGCUGCGGAUGAAGAGCUACCGGCAGAAUUGAGUGAACCCGAGCCAACCCCACUAUCCGCCUCAAAAAAGUCGAAGAAGUCUAAAAAGAAGAAGAAAUCAAAGGGCAAAGCAAAGGAGAAAGGCGCAGAGUUCCAGACGCCCCAGAAACUCGAGGAUGGGGUGGACGAUAUCGACGCGGCGUUACGAGAGUUGAACCUGACGAAGACUGCUCCAACAGCAUACUCUCAAGCCCUCCCAACUGAUCCGGAAUACGAGAAGAUAUGUACUUUGCUGGGAGUCAAUACUCAGCACCUGAAGGUCGCGAAUGAGAUGAGAGCUCUGUUUGGGAAGGCUGCUACUGAAAUACAUGAUGAUCCUGGUGGGCCGACCGGAAGAGGGGCACGACGGAGGCAAAGAGCGGCUCAGAACCAACAAGUCGAUUUGGAGACUGCGCUCAAAGGGCAUCAUCUUCCUGGAAAGGGACUCCCAGAGCUUACGUUACGGCGCAACAAUUUCAUUCAAGGCAAAGAUGAUUGGCCAAAGGCACCUACUGGGGGCCUUACAAUGGAAGUGAUUGAUGAUCCUGGAGAUGGGAGUGAUGGGUCUGUUGAGUUUACAUAUUCCCAUAACACGGCAUACCAAGCUGUUCAACAGACGUUCUUCGCAUUUGUUGAAAUGGGAGAUCCGCAGAACCUCAUCGGGCUUUUGGUUCGAAAUCCAUACCACAUAUCUCUCCUCCUUCAGGUCAGCAAAAUAGCCAAAGAUCAAGGAGACCAUGCGUUAUCCUCAGACUUGAUCGAACGAGCUCUAUUUACAUUUGGUCGUGCCUCGUUAACCCAAUUUAACAACAAAAUAACGAAAGGCUAUUCCCGCCUAGACUUCUUGAGACCUGAAAACAGAGAACUCUGGCUUGCAGGAUACCAAUACAUCAAAAGUCUAAUUAUGAAAGGUACCUACCGAACAGCCCUUGAAUGGGCAAAACUCCUCCUUGGUCUCGACCCGGAAGACGACCCCUACUGCAUGCGCUUCAUGGCCCACCACCUCGCCCUCCGAGCCCAUGAAUUCACCUGGCUCCUAAACCUCUUCGAAGGCCAGCUAUUUUCCCUAUGGAGAGGAUCGGAUGAAAACGGCGAUCCUCCCCCACAUUCUGCAAUGCUGCACUUCAUGCCCUCCCUAGCUUUCGCAGCCUUGCGGUUGCGAGACGGUGUUAAGAGCAGGAAACUCCUUACCGAAUCCAUGCAAAAAGUCCCCUGGCUGUUCGUCCGCCUCUUCAAAGAGCUAAAUCUCGACGCUCCAUCCUCAAUCUGGGGCAUCGAGCCACGCACCGAUGCCGAGACGCUCUUUACAGAGAUGUACGUCCUACAAACCAAAGAUCUCUGGAACGCGCCCGAAGCUGUAUCCCUCCUCAUGGAAGUCGCGCACACGAUUUCGAAAGUCAACAUCGGCACGAUUCCGCAGGUCAAUAAUUCAGAAAUGACUCUUGAUGUAGUCCGCUUUGUAUACCUAGAAAACGUACCCGCAUUGAUGGCGCUGGUGCCGUCUAGCUUGCUUCAUAAGAGCAAUAACUCGGAUUCUGAUCCUAUACCACCGGAACAGAGUAUAUAUUCCUACGAAGCACAACGCAAAGCAUUGGAGAUGCCAACGCUUCCUGGUAUUGGACAUGAUUUCAUGGACCCUCUUGAAGCCAUCGCGCGGCUUCUGCCAGGGCUCAGAGGCUCUGCCGCAGAUGAGGAUGUUGAUCGUGAGAGGUUGAGACUAGGCUUAGAGGAGGCUAUUUUAAAUGAGGGCCCCGAAGAAUUAGAUGAAGAUGGGUUUGAGAGAAAUGGAGAGGUGGCCACGGAGGCCUUCGAGAGACCGAUACCGAUUGGGCUGGCUAGGAGGUUGAUGAAUAUGUUUUGGCCGGGUGAAGAUGGAGGGUGGUCUGAUGGCGAGGAGCCUGAGGAGGAUGUUGAUACGGAUACUGAUGAGGAUAUGCUGGAAUUGGUGGGGGCUGAGGGGACUGAUGAUGAGAUUCCUGGUUUGUUGGAGGACCCGGAUACGUAG